AUGUCAAACACAAACAGCCUACCGUUGGAUCCUCAGCUACUCUGGAAACCUAAAAAUGUUUCUGAAACUGCCAUGGACAAGUUUCGACGCGAAAUCAACGCGAAAUAUAAACUCAAAAUAGAACUAUCAAAAAUUGCAGCAAUGAUAGUAGAAUCUAAACCAAUGGACCACAUUCCGGGAUGGUUUCUCGGGGCGAGAUUAAACUUCGCCGAAAAUUUGCUUUGGUGUCGCGAUCCAGAUAAAAUUGCCCUAAUUUCCACCGGAGAAGGGCGCCAAAUUAGAAAAACAACAUACGCUCAACUGUUUGAUCAAGUACGUCUUGUCGCGUCAGCAAUGCGCAAGGCAGGAUUACGAAAAGGUGAUAGAGCUGCUGCCUAUACAACAAAUUGCAAUGAAGUGGUAAUAGCAAUGCUUGCAGCUGCUAGUAUUGGCUGUAUCUGGGCAAGCAUUUCUACUGAUUUUGGUGUAUCUGGUGUACUCGACAGAUUAUUGCAAGUCAAGCCAAAGAUUUUAUUUUCCGUCAACUCUUUCAUGUAUAAUGGAAAGUUGUAUGAUCAUACGGUGAAACUUAAAUCUGUAGUUGAGCAACUUAUUACUGAAGGACUUGAGAAAGUGGUCAUUAUACCUUUUGAUAGUUCAUCGUCAACGUCUUCAAACGAAUUAUCAUUCUCGGAAAUUCCUAAUGCAAUUUCAUGGAUCUCUUUUAUUGAGACAGCCAAUCCAUCUGAAUCAUUAGUUUUUGAACAAUUGCCAUUUGAUCAUCCCAUCUAUAUACUUUUUUCAUCGGGCACCACGGGAAAACCUAAAUGCCUGGUACAUCGUGCUGGAGGAGUAUUGCUUCAACAUAAAAAAGAACAUAUUUUACAUGGUGAUAUGACUGCAAAUUCUGUAUUCUUUUACUAUACGACAACUGGAUGGAUGAUGUGGAAUUGGCUAGUGGCAGGUUUAUCGAUUGGAUGUGCAAUAGUAUUAUAUGAUGGAUCACCAUUCAGUCCUGGUCCUUCCAUUCUGUGGGAAUUAGCUGAUGAGAUUGGAAUCACAAGUUUUGGCAUUUCAGCAAAAUAUAUUCAGAGUCUUCAAGAUGUUAAUUAUCAGCCAUAUCUACAUCAUAAUUUAUCGAGUGUUCGGGUGAUUAUGUCUACCGGAUCGCCGUUGAAACCUGAAAGCUAUGAUUUCGUCUAUGAUUCAAUAAAGAAAGAUGUCUUGUUAGGUUCGAUAACAGGUGGGACAGAUCUAUGUUCUUUGUUUGCCGGUCUUAAUGCGGCUCUUCCUGUUUAUCGAGGAGAGAUUCAGUGCAUAUGUUUAGGCAUGAAAGUUGAAGCUUGGAAUGGCCAAGAUAGUCCCGUUUUUGCUAAAUCCGGUGAUCUAGUAUGUACCCGCCCUUUCCCAUGUAUGCCCGUCUAUUUUUUGAACGAUCCAAACAAUCAAAAAUACCGGUCCGCUUAUUUCGACAACUACCCAUCAAUAUGGUACCACGGAGAUUUUGUAUGGAUAAAUCCUAAUACUGGUGGUGUAGUGAUGCUCGGUCGAUCAGAUGGAACACUUAAUCCGGGCGGAAUUCGAUUUGGAAGUGCGGAAAUCUACAACAUUGUCGAGAGUUUCCCUCAAGUUCAAGAUAGCCUUGUGGUAGGUCAAAAAAUUGGCGACGAUGAGCGGGUAGUGUUAUUUCUUAAAAUGGUAUCCCAAUAUGGACUGGAGAAAGAACUUGUGAACAAGAUAAAGACAAAGAUUAGGUUGCAGUUGAGUCCUAGACAUGUACCUGCUUUUAUUUUACCAAUUAAAGAGAUUCCGUACACAAUAACCGGAAAAAAAGUGGAGAUUGCAGUGAAACGUAUAAUCUCUGGUGAAAAAUAUAUCCCGACUGGGACAUUAGCUAAUCCGGAAUCUUUGCAACAGUAUUACAAUAUUCCACAAUUAAAGUUUAUCAAAAACAAUCUGUAA